CGUCGAUUGGCAACCGUUGAGAGCAGACGCCACUUCGCAACUCAAUCCGGCUCGAGUAGCCUUUGCUGGUGCAACAACCAACUGCCGAAUCUCACUCAACCUUUGUGGCACUCAUCAGCAAAGUUAUUUCAGCGACAGCUCGGUGCUACAAGACAAGAUGGCGGCCGAGAAUGAUGUUUAUACUCUUCACUAUUUCCCCUUUUCGCUGUAUUCGCUCAUGGUGCGGUUUGCCUUGGUCAUAGGCAGAAGACUGGAUCCGGAGACGGCGCCAAACGUUGAGAUCAAGCUGGUGAAUCUGCAUCGAGAGGAGAACUUUUCAGAAGAAUAUCUCACCUUGGUCAACUCGAAAGGCCAGGUUCCCGCACUGACAUCGGCUGCAUUCGCGUCGCCACUUGCAGAAAGCUAUGACAUCUCCAAAUGGCUGUGUCAGAAACAGCCAGAACUCAUUCCCGAGGAGCAUCGAGAAACGAUCCAGAGCCUCAUGGACAAACUGUACAGCUUUCAUGCCAAGACGCUGACAAUAGGGUCCGACGAAAAGAAGCACGGAAUUCCAAACCGGGCUGCUGAGUUACUAGAGCAAAAGGACUUGGCUGAGCCUCAUCGAAGGGCACUGGAGAUUAAAAGCGUCUUCCACGACUUGCGUCACAACACAGUAUUUACUCCUAGCGGUAUUAAAGACGUCGAGGACAAGGCUCGCAUGUUCAUACAAGAGCUGGACAAGACUCUUGACGAGGAGAACCAGGGACAGCGCUGGAUCUUUGGCAAGCGACCUACGAUUGCGGACGCACAUGCCACGGUAAUGGUAGCAAGAUUGAUGGAGGUGAAGCGUCAAGAUCUGCUGACGGAGAGAGUGCAAGAGUACACGAGAGGAGUUCUCGCAUCUGAAGAGUGGUACGAGGUUACGCAUGGCAGGGCCACGCGCUGGAACGCCUCGAUGGGACAUGUCGCCGAUUUGAACCCGCUGUAGGGGUUUUUGGGUUGUCUUAUCAGGGAGCUUCUUAUUCUUCUUUUCCUGCCUUGUCUUCUUAUUUGCGUCUCAGUGUUGCUUGAGGCAGCUGCUUGUAUUUGAAGCCGAAAGUUUUAAUACCCAAUAUAUUCACGGAAAGAGAAGACAAAUGAUGCCUCUUAUACCUACGAGGUAGUAUCG